AUGGAGCUGCAGCAGGGCGCUGAUGGGAACAUAGAGCUUGAGGUUGUCAGGACGGACGGACGCCCAAUUGUUUGUCGCCCGAUAGACGUGGGCGAGUUGCUCAACCAAAAAGGCCGCACCGUCGAGGUGGGCGACGGUGUUCACGUCCGGCUGGAGGAGUACAGUAGCGAGGAAUUUGCCUCCACCUCUGAUGAGGCGGCGGAGGGGACCGACAGCGAUGGGAGCGCGAGUGAGUGCGUGAGCAGCGGCAGGAUAGAAGCCCCGCCGGGGUACCGCAGGGUGGCCGGGCACGACGACGCCUUCAGCCUCCGCGGAGGCGGGGAGGUUCCCGACGCGAAGAGGCUGCGUCCCCAAUCGCCGGGCCGAAGCAUGGAGGUUGCAGUUACGCGCCCUAGCAGCAGCAGCAGCAACAACAACAACAAGCACGGCAAAGGGACACUUCCCUCCCGUCGUGACGUCUGGGCCGCCUUUGCGCCCCCAACAGACCCUGAGAGAAGUUAUAAGUGGCUUCAGUCGACCUCGCUCAUGCCAAGUGCAACGUCUAGGCGUUUUCGGCUGCCUCCGCUCAUGUUACAUGCCGCGGCGUCUUACCUAAGCCCUGUCGACCAAGGGCAGCGGAUUCUCGUGCACGGGGGGACGACCAACGUUGGCAAAACGGUGGAGAGGGAGGUGUAUGAAUUUUCGCUUCUAACGGGCCAUUGGCGACGACUGGAGGGCAAACAUGUGCUUUUCCCCGGUAAUUAUGGCCAUGCCGCGGUGGUGGUGGAACAGCCUCAACGUCUUGUGGUGAUCGGGGGUGUGGGUCCUGGCGGCAAUCCGGUCCAGACGGAAACGGCUUCUGAUGACUUCUUCAAGCAACGGGGCCGUCUUCUGUUCCCAUGCAAAGGCACGGGAAGGACAAGGCGACCACCAUCGCUGCGGACAGAGAUUGUUGACUCAGAGAAACCAACACUCUGGUCUCUUGCAAUGCAAGUUGAACAAGAACCCUCGCUUGGUCUCUUGCCGAUGUUAUUUGAGAUGGACCUGAAGACUCUCCGUUGGAGAGUCGUCCAGACAACUCCAGAGAUUCCUGUGGCUUUUCACACAUCUGUAGCAAUUUCUCAUACAAUUUAUGUGUUUGGAGGUCUGACAAAUCGACUACUCGUUUCUACACAGCUUAUAGCGAUCGAUGCUAAGACCUAUACUGUUUCACUCGUUCACUCAUCUACGGUUGCCCCAAAGGCACGCUAUCUGCACACUGCCAUCAUGUAUGGGAAUUGGAUGAUCAUCUAUGGAGGCUUUGAUGCGCACAACAACCCACUAGAUGACGUGUGGGCUUUCGAUGUGGUAAAUAGACGUUGGGAGCAGUUGGAGUGUCACGGAGCGCCUGCUCGUGGUGCGCAUGCGUCUUGUCUUGUGGGCUCGCGUUUAUUUGUCGUUGGGGGUUUUGGAAGCGCCAUCGCAGCUGGGGAAAAACCCACAAGUAGUAUCUUUGCGCUUCAGCUGGUACCAACCAGCACGGGGCAGUAUCUCUGGAAGCAGCUGACCGUGCGACCUACAAUUCCCCCGAUUGCUUUCUCCGUUGCAUGCCACUGCGCCGAUGACGCUUCGCUUAUUCUGUACGGUGGAUGCACCGUCGCCGGAAAGAGUAUGCCGAAGCGUACGCCGGACGCAAAGAGGCUGAAACCACGUGUGGCAGCCAUCCAGAGUGGCGGCAAGAGGCAUAACCACAGACACCUCCACGAUGCUGACGACGAGGAUGGGAACGAUGACGAUUUCUGGAAGGGAUUGCUGCCUUUUAAUGACGGCCUUGUGCUUACGUUUCCGGUGAAGCGGCAGAAGAAGAGUUUGGCGGGCUCUCACGCCGACGGUAGUGAGGAGACGGCGAUGUACGUGAACGAGCUUGGGGUGGUGACGGACCCCGAGGAAAUGACCCCAGAGUUCCGGGCAUUUGUGCGACGGCAACACGAUUUUCUCCUCAUGAAAGACGCGUCGCGCGCGCAGGCGAUGAAACGGACGACGAUUGAGGAACUUGAGAACAUGGAGCCACACUUGUAUUUGACGCCAGAGGAGAUUGCGUUGCUGCUGGACCGAGGUAACCUCCUGUGCGACAGCUUUACCGAGUACAAGAUGGAGACGCUUCCACACAACAUCCCCGACAGAGAAAAUCGCGUGCACCUUAACGACGAAUGCCUCUCUCUCAGUCGCCAGAUAAGGGAUGUACUGGUGUCUAUGAAGGGACAGGCUCCUGGGCUGACGGCAGUGAAGUCCAAAACGCACCGGGUAAAAACGGGAGAGAAGUUUGAGGACCAUUCAGCCGCCAAACCAUUUCGUCGUGUGGUUGUCAUGGGCCUUGUGAAGGAAAUUAAGGCAAAUCUCAAGCGUAUUCAUACCUUGAAUAAAGUUAUUCUGACCCUGGAGUGGGAGGAAAAGCUGGUUUACCUUGACGCCGUCAAGAAGAUGAAGACACGGCUAGUGGAGUUUGUGCAAACUGUGAAGGAUGUCCUUGACAAGUACAUUGAGCGAAGUGUAGAGUCCUUGGUCUCUGCCGCGGAGAAGCAGAAGGACAACCUGCGACGGUUGGCAGAGAUUGUGGAGAAGAAUCGGCAUGACAAGAUAUUUCAAACCGAGGAGCCCGAUCCAGAGCGUCAGCGGGUGAAGCAGAUGUGGAGGAAAGGUGAGGGAAGUGCAAGUCCGCAGAAGGAUUCCAAGCGGUCUGUCUCACUUUAUCGUCAUCGCCGUCGCUCUCGUUCCACUGGGGCGGGCUACUACAAGGAUGAAGCCAAGGCGGUUAUUUCACUGCAACCAAAGGAAGUUGAACAUUUGCUUAAAAAAGUGCAGCUUGUGCUUAAGGUGGCGAACUUAUUUGGUGACUACUGCAAGUCGACGAAAUCGCCUGAGCAUAGGCAGCCAAGUGAGGGGCCACCGCCACCGUCUGCAGCGCCUCCGACCCUCGCCGCCUCGGAAGCUCAAGCUCUUGCUGUUCCUUCUGCGCUUGCUAUUGUGGAAGCAGUGGCCCCUUCUAAUCUUGCACUAGUAACCCGCACGGCUGAAACAGACAUGGGGGCCGCUUCCCCGAGUGAGCUUGUUAUACGCCGCUCAGAUGCCAUUCGGCAAGAGGCCAUGGAAAAGGCAGUUGCUGUGGGCCAAUGUGUGCGUGCGUUCGCAAAGGAGUUGGAGACACCUUCCCUGGUAGGUGACAAGCUGGAUUCCCAAACUGGUGUCAGUAAGGAUGGGGAUGGGCAGACACUUUUGCGCCUUUCCUCGCUACGUCCUCUUCUGUCGUGUAAGCGGCAACUGGUGCAACUCGGCGAGAAGGUUCCUGGAAUUCGCGUCAAUCGUUGGUCAGUGGAAGAUGUUGCUGGCGCCCCUCAGGACGAAGAGGCCCAAAAACGUUUUGAGAGGAUGUCAAUGUGUUUGUCCGCGCUUGUGCAGCGCCUCACGGCAACCUUUUUGGCCAAGGCGGGGGGGAGGCAGCCUCGAUCGGCGAUCAGGCAGGUGCAGCUUGAGGGGGCUCGGAGAGCUGCGUCAUCCUCUUCUGCACACCCGCCCCCGCGUGCACCACGGCCCCGCUUAUUGCUAACGUCGCCGUCGCCUUUGUCCACGAGGCAUGGACGGGUAGUGAGGGUUAUUCCUACGGCGGGUCCAAGUGAGGUCGCUGCGAUCCACCAGGGUGGAGAGGAAGGCGCUCCACAGAAGCAAGAAACAUCACCAUCACCGCCACGAGAGCACCAGCAAGAAGAAGAAGAAAAAAAGCAACCUUCAUCUUGCGUCUUUGCACCGCUUUCUACUCCAUGGGUGCCUGUGCACCCACCUAGUCUUGACGCGACUGCUGCGACGCCAGAAAUACCCAGACCCAUUUCUCUCACCUCAAAUGAGGCGAAGUCACUUGUGGCGCCGUUGUAUACCGCGAGUCCUUUCACUGGCGAGGGUGUUAUUAUUUCAUCUGUGAAGGAGACAAAGGUCAUUCCGAACGCCAAUCCCCGAGAAGCCACUUGGGAAGAGAAAAAUUCUGCUACUAUCGCUCCCUGUACAGACGCCUUUAACGCUGUUUCGUGCGGAGAUGCACGACAACCGCAACCACCAUGCAUUGUUGUUUCCAGGGGUCCAACUACUACGAAAACUGAUUUUAAUUUGUCUAUGCUGACGGAGUUGAGUCCAUUGGGAGGGUCAUUAUCUGCUACACAUAUAGACAUGCGGCCGGGCAUGGUGGAGGGCGAUAAGCCUGCUUCAUCCGGUAUGGUGAGCCUUUCUCCAGGAGUUUUUCGUGGCCCCAACGCGUCUGUUGUUGAGGGGCGUCCAGAAAUGGGUCUUUCGCCCCAACAAGAGACGAUGAUCCUUGAAGAUGAUUAUUUUCUCUUCGGGCGGCGCUACGCCUCGGAGCCGGUGGUUGCCCCGCCUGUUGUGGAAGACACAGAGAGGCGUCAGGUCGUUGCGGCGGUGGAUUCUCCACUAGUGGAUCGCCCUGAGAGGACGGUGAAGGUGUCACCGCCCGUGGGGACGCCUGCGGGCCUCACUGUGGCAGCGCCGCGAAGGCACGUGGGACCCUCGUUGUCCCGCCAACGUCCCUCUUCCGACCCUGCGCCGGCGGCGUGGACGGAUGCCUCUGCGAGGCCUCUGAGGGAGGAAAUGUUUCGCGGAAGACUAACGCCUGGUGAGGUGCAGAUCCUACAGGCAAGGGAGCGUCUGCGCGCCCCGUCAUCGCGGCGGUGA